AUGCGGCUAAAUCACUUUCGUCCCAGGAAUGUCCUUUCUUUCUCCUUCUGCCCGGUUUUGGCAAACCAAACGGCUUCUUACUAUGGCGGAAAAAGAGCAGAUCUGAAAAAUCAGAGAGGUCCCAGGUCGGACCCGGUGUUCUUCGGACGCCAUCUUUUGUCCGGAGAAACAGGUGAAAACAGGGUGGUUUCAUACCCGUCCCUCCACGUGGUGCUCAGCCUCCUUGCCGCUGGCUCCAGCGUUUCCCCCCGCCGUCAGCUUCGCGCCGUAAUCGACUCCCAUAUCGUCGACAGCCUCAAUUCUGUAGCCGCUCGACCCGACGUCAUCUUGCCCUAUGGCGAUCUCGGCGAGGGAGCUCGGAUCCGUUGCGUCAAUGCCUUAUGGCUUGAUCAAUCCCUCACUCUGAAUCCCUCUUUUAAACAGAUUCUCGACUCGGAUUAUAGAGCCGCUCUGAACCCAGUGGACUUUCAGAACCAGCCUCCUCAUGCGACCCGAGAAAUUAAUUCUUGGGCGGAAAACGAGACAAGUGGCCUGGUUAAAGACUUUAUGCCUGAAGAGUUUCUAAGCAACUCGGUCAAGUUUGUCAUUACAAAUGCAAUGCACUUCAAAGGAGCAUGGAAAUAUAUGCCCCGUAUAAUAAGGAUAUGUUCUCGAGAAGAGAACAAGAACUUAGAGAUGGAUCCCUCCAUGAGUGCCAAGGGGAAUGCAUUUAAGGAUUUGAAAAUGGUUGAUCAACCAUUUAAAAAGCAAAGUAAAUAUGACUACAACCGUUCCAGCAGGGUAUGCUGUUACCCAUGUAAAGGUACUGAUCGAGAGCGUAUAGAACAUCUUGCAGAAAUCUUAAAGAAUCUAUCUGACCACCAGAAGACCCCAGAAUUUAAUAUUUCUUACGAGAUGGAAGUUUCUGAGCCGCUGAGGGGAUUAGGGGUGACAAUGCCGUUUGCUGGAGGAAAGUGGAGAGGGAUGUUUAGUUGUUUUAGAGGUCGUCAGAAUUUAUAUGUUUCCAGCAUAUUUCAGAAGUCAUUCAUGGAAAUAAACGAACAAGGGGCUGAAGCUGUGUCCGUAACUGCGGCAGUAGUAAUGUAUGGGUAUGUGUGUCCACCACGUCUACCUCCUGUGCCUAUAUUUGAACAUGAAGAUAUCUACCCACUCCACAUUUAUGAUGGUACUACAGCUAAAACAGAGUCUGUGAUUAUUAAUCUCAUCGAUCUUAUCGAAUAGCGUUCGUAUGUUAUGCUUCAUCCUCAUUAUAAUUUAGGUGUUUGACUCUUUGGUAUUUUUAUUAUUUUUUUGUCGUAAAACUCUGCUCUGAUAUUUAUAGCAGAGAAUAAAUCACAUGAAUUCACUGUUUAAUAUGCUUUGUUAGUAGUUUUUACAUGUGAAUAGUUUCAAAAAUACUUGAUAUUAAAGUAAGAUAGAUGAUGACAUUUUUUUUUU